CCUGGUCCCAAGUCGCCCCCCGGGUGGCAGUUCCCGUUAACCUUAGCCACAAAGUCAAAGAUGGCAGGGUCAGGACCUGGUCUGCGCUGAUGCCUUGAGAGGCCUUCCGUGAUGGAGAGCAGCCUGGCUGGCAACAGCUCAGGAGACGCGCUAACGAUGAAGGUCAAGCAGGAGAAGACCGAAAGGCUUCUGCCCGCGCUGGCGCCACAGGACAAGGAAAACAUAUUCCAGCAGCCUCACGGCCUCCCGCCAUGCCAGGCCAUGGGGCGGCCUCGGGCACUGGGCACACAAGAGGAGACUGGGGGGUCUCGGUGGGCCUCCUCUGCUGACGCACAGGACGCACGGCUGGCCCCCCGGGUUCCCGGGACAGCCCCAGGCCCUCUGAGCCCUGCGCUCUCUGCCGGCGGUGGUCACUUCGUGUGUGUGGACUGCGGGAAGAGGUUCAGCUGGUGGUCGUCGCUGAAGAUCCACCAGCGCACCCACACCGGGGAGAAGCCAUACCUCUGCGGCAAGUGCGGCAAGAGCUUCAGCCAGAAGCCCAACCUGGUGCGCCACCAGCGGCACCACACGGGCGAGCGGCCCUUCUGCUGCCCCGAGUGCGCGAGGCGCUUCAGCCAGAAGCAGCACCUGCUCAAGCACCAGAAGACCCACUCCCGGCCCGCCACCCACGCGUGCCCCGAGUGCGAGCGCUGCUUCCGCCACCAGGUGGGCCUCCGCAUCCACCAGCGCUCUCACGCCCGCGACCAUCAGGGCGCGCGCGCCGGCCUGCACGAGAUGCUCCGGGACCCUGCGGCGCGCCGGACCCGUCGCUUGCGUCCGGGACCCCCGCGAGGGCGCCCCGAGUGGGCCUGGCUAGGGCUCUGCCAGGGCUGGUGGGGCCAGGCUGCGGCGCGGACCGCAGCCCGGGGCCGCUUGGAGCCCGGCGGGCAGCGGCAGUUCAUCUGCAACGAGUGCGGCAAGGGCUUCACCUGGUGGUCGUCGCUGAACAUCCACCAGCGCAUCCACACGGGCGAGCGGCCCUACGCGUGCCCCGAGUGCGGCCGCCGCUUCAGCCAGAAACCCAACCUCACGCGGCACCUGCGCAACCACACGGGCGAGCGGCCGCACCCGUGCCCGCACUGCGGCCGCGGCUUCCGCCAGAAGCAGCACCUGCUCAAGCACCUGCGCACGCACCUGCCCGCCGCGCACGCCGCGCGCUGCCCCAGCUGCGGCCAGAGCUGCCCCAGCCGCGCCGCGCUGCGGGCCCACCAACGCGCGCACGCCGCCGCCAACGCGCCCCGGCGCCCGGGGCCCGAGCGCCAAGGCUCCGAGUCCAGCUCCGAGCCGCACGCGGACACGCCCCGAGCUGUGGCAGCGCAGUCCCGCAGGGCCCAGGGAGCCAGGAGCGCACUGUGGGGCCGCGGGCGCGCCGGCCUGCCCGGGUCCGGCGAGCAGCGCCAGUUCAUCUGCAACGAGUGCGGCAAGAGCUUCUCCUGGUGGUCUGCGCUCACCAUCCACCAGCGCAUCCACACGGGCGAGCGGCCCUACGCGUGCCCCGAGUGCGGCCGCCGCUUCAGCCAGAAACCCAACCUCACCAGGCACCGGCGCAACCACACCGGCGAGCGGCCCUACCUGUGUGCCAUCUGUGGCCGCGGCUUCCGCCAGAAGCAGCAUCUGCUAAAACAUCAACGUGUGCACGGAGGGGCCCUGGAGCCCCGUCUGGACCCCGAGGAGGAGGCUCUGUAGUGCACCCCGUGGUGGAGAGGACUUUGCGCCAGGGAGCAGGGUGGCCAGGAAUGCUGGUCUCAGAGCUCCCAAGUGACAUCCUGUGACAUCCUGUCUCCUGGAGCCUCUGAGGCUGGAGAGCAGUAUCCCUGAAGCUUCCUUCAAGAACAGGGCCUAGGGGAAGUGAGAUCAAAACGCCGCACUCCUGGUACUUGGGUGCCUGUCAUGGGCACCAACCAGAGGUGAUUCCAGCCUCAGGCACUGAGCGAGGGGCUGUUGGGGGUCCCUAGUAGAGGCUCCUCUUGUGAAAUGGCCUGGGAUUGGGACUAACAUCGGGAUCAGUAACACGAACCUGCCGCACAGCCUGUAAGAUGGGCUAGGGGCUGGACCCUAAGGGAAAUUGGCGACAGACUCCGGGAUACCAAGAAUGGAGCAGAGAUGGUGGUUAGGAAGGGGCAAGCACCAAGGACAGUACCAACGCUCCGCAGCUAUCGGGAAGCACUGGGUGGUUUGAUGGUCCUUCUCCAACCCCGAUUGUUCCACUGAUCAGGGUGCUGGGUAUGGCGGGCUUCGCUCUAGAACUGGUGUGUGUGUGAGAGAGAGAGAGGGAGGGAGGGAAAUGGUUAGGGGCUAGUCUCCAUCAAGACUUGGCUGCUUGGGGAGAUGGCUGUGCCAACUCUGCAGCUUCUGCUUCUGUCCUCAGGUGGGUGAGUGGGAUUGUCAUAUGUCCUUAUCCGUCUUGAUGUUACAGAAGUGAAAAAUGAAGGACUUGAAUAUUUCA